AUGAGUUUUCCGACUUAUGGAAUUGUACACUGGGAUGGUAAUAUUAUUAGAACCGAAUUAGGUUACGACUACGUUGGUGGCCAGCACAAUUUUUUCCGUAUGAAACGAAGGUUGAAUUAUGAGGAUCUUCUUAUGAAAAUAGUUCGUUCUACAAAUUUGUCAGACCAUAACCAAUUCAUAUGCAAGAUUGAAUAUAAGAAACUAAUUAUUAGUGAUAACGAUUACAAAUUUGAACUAGUUAAGCUGCUGAACAAUGCUGAUGUAGAGAUGAUGUUCGAUUACGUCUGUACACUAGGGUCUGAGAACAUAGUUUUUUAUGUCGAUGUCGUUAGAGAUAUUCAUAGAAAUCAGAAAGAUGAUUGUGCUGGUCCCCCUUAUACUGAUCCAAAAACGAGUUCACACUGUAUUUUGCGUCAUAAUACUGAAGAUCAAGAUGAAAUUAUAGUCUCUCGAAAUAGUUCAUUUUGUACUGAAGACUUAAACUUUAAUGGUGUUGAUAAUAUUGUUAAUGAAGUUGUGGAUGAAGUUGAUGAAUAUGCUGAUUCAGAGAGAUUAUCUGAUUCUGACAUUAACGAGUACGAAAGUGGUUGGAUUGAGGACGACGAAUUAUUAUCAGGUGAUGAUAAUGUUGUUGCUCAGUAUAGUAAUCCUAUUUUGCCACUAGUGCAUCCACCGCCAUUUUCAAAAAUAGAUUUUGAAUUAAUGCGUGUAGACCCUUAUGCAAAGGCACCGACUGAUAUGUUUUGGAGUCCGAAUAUGGAGUUUUCUGUUGGGAUGAUUUUUCCAAACAGAGAUGUUGUCAUGGCAGCAACAAAGGAGUAUCAUUUGUGCAGACAUCAUCAGUUUUGUUCUGAUGAGACAAAGAGAAAAACAUAUAGUAUUAAAUGCAAGAAUAAAAAACAUAACUGUAAAUGGCAUAUGCGUGCAUCAAUGAAGGAGGAAUCUGGGGUUUGGAAAAUUGUAUCGUAUAAUGGGCCGCAUACUUGUUCAAAUCCAAUGGUUGAAAAAGACCAUCCUCAAUUGGAUAAUAAAUUUCUAUGUCAAUUUAUUUUGCCUAUGAUAGAAGAACAACCACACAUUAAAAUAAAAUCACUUCAGGCAGAAAUUAGAGAUAAAAUUGGAUAUGAACCAUCAUAUUCAAAGACGUGGAAGGCAAAACAAUUUGCAAUUAGGAAAAUUUUUGGCGGAUGGGAUGAAUCAUAUGGAAGGCUCCGUAAGUACAUGAAUGCAGUGUGCCACUUCAAUACUGGUUCGAUCUUCGUAAUUGAAGAUGAUCCCCAUUACAUAAACGAUCGUUUGGAUCGUACUUCUCGUGUAUUUGAUCGUAUGUUUUGGGCUUAUCGUCAAUCUAUUGAAGGAUUCAAGCAUUGUCGACCAGUAAUUUUUGUUGACGGGAUAUUCCUAUACGGGAAAUAUAGUGGGUGUAUAUUGUGUGCAACAGGGCUUGAUGGAAAUAAUCAGAUAUUUCCAUUGGCUUUUGCUAUUGUUGAGAAGGAGGAUUCAAAUAAUUGGGGAUGGUUCAUGUCUUGUUUGAGAGCUUAUGUCAUAGAACGCGAAGAUUUAUGUGUCAUUUCUGAUCGUCACAUUGGAAUUAAGAAAUCCAUGGAACAAGAUUGGUGGCAACCACCAAGUGGACACCAUCGAUACCUUUUGGAGAAGUGGACUCGUUCCCACUAUGGUGGGAAGCGAUAUGGAUCAAUGAUGACUAACACCAUUGAGUCUGUCAAUGGAAUGUUGAAAGGCUUUCGAGCUUUGCCUAUUACAGCAAUGUCAGCAAAUGGCCAUCGUGUUACGACAUUUAAUCGUGAUGAUUUGGUUGUUGAAGUCCGAAGUGCUAAAUCUGGUCAAAAACAAGUUGUUAAGCUUAUAGAAGGGACCUGUACUUGCGGUAAAUUUCAAGAGAUGCGUAUCCCAUGUUCACAUGCCAUAGCAGCCUGCAUGUCGAGGUCUGUGGAUUAUGAGCAAUUCGUUGAUAGCUACUACACUCUCGAAAGGUCAAUUAAAUGUUACGAAAAUAUGUUCAGUCCAUUAGGUAAUUCAGACUAUUGGCCUGCAGAUUAUGAAUUACCACUAAUUCCAAACAAGAACCGAAUAAGGAAAAAAGGCCGACAAAAGUCAUCGAGAAUUUAG